UAGAAGAUAUUGCAGAGACUUGGUGUAAAAUCUCUAGUGAGAUUCACAUCUGUUUCCAAGCAAUGGAAAUCGACUAUCAAAUCAACAUCCUUUGCGUCAAGACAUCUAAUCCGAGCGCAGACACGAGAUCCAGAUAUCCUUCUUGGCGGAGAGCCUCUCCAUGUACCAAAACCCUAUUCUUAUCUAAGGACUUUGGAGUUAGGAUCUUCAGAAUUUAAACAGAGCAAUAUUAUUCCCAAACAUGAUCAGAGACCUUGUUUCAUUACCGGAAGCUGUAAUGGUCUUGUUUGCGUCUACCAUGUUCCGAACUUCAUCUAUCUCGUCAAUCCCGCCACUAGAUGGUGUCGACCUCUUCCCAAGGCUAAGUUUUCAAAAAAUUAACCGCAUUAGACGAAGUCUAGAUAGUAAUAACAGAUGUGAUUUUCUAGGGUUCGGUAAAGACACUAUGACAGGCAAACACAAGAUGGUUUGGUUAUAUAACUCUUUAGAAUUAGACCUAGAUGGUCAAACUACAUGCGAGGUUUUUGAUUUUGCCACUAAUACUUGGGGACAUGUGACUGGCUCUACACAUCGAAUUCUUCUUAAAGCUCCGGUAUAUUUAGAUGGAUCAAUUUAUUGGUUGACUCACAAAUAUAAUGGAGAAACAAAAAUAGUUUAUUUCGAUUUUCACACAGAGGUUUUUCAAGUGAUGGCGGCAACUCCAGUUGUUCAUGCAUCUUCUUAUUGCAUUGUCAUAUUCAGUCUGAAUAAUCAUCUUUCCUUGUCUGAGAAGAAAAUCAACAGUCAAGAGAUAUGGUCAUUGAAUUCGCACACGAUAUGGGAGAAAACUUACAAUAUAAAUCUAAGCCUGUUUGGUGGCUUAGAUUUUCCAGUCAUACCGGUAACACUUAUAAGCAAAACAGAGUUACUACUUUUUUUCCCGUAUGCCAACUAUCCUUGUUUAACAGUGCAAAGAAUAGGUUCUUCGUAUUCUUCAUAUUACAGUUCUGUUUCUGGUUUUUAUAUAGCUGUUCCUUUCAUUCCAAGCUUGAUCUCUAUUUAGUUGAAGAUUUUAAAGUUAUUUUUCAUUUUUUUCCAACU